UCAUUUGGAAAUCCCGUCCUUCCUAAUAAGACACAGAAGGCUCGGGGGACAGGGCUGUGAGAAGCCCAGGGGAAGCUGCCAAGGACACAGGCCUCUCCUUCCCUCCCAGGCUCCUCCCCGCCCCCGGCGGGUCCGCUCCCCGCCCAUAGCCCCGGGAGGAAGGCCUGUUCCCGCCAACCUUCCCGCUCCACCCCAGCCUCCCGGCCCAACCCAGGCCGCCCCUUGGGCCACCCCGUGUCCACAGCGGUAAACCGCAGCUUUGACCUUGGUGCCUUCGCAUGCCCCUCCCCCUAAUUCCAAACCCAGAGGGACCCCGCCCGGCUCGGGGAGACCAUGCACCAAGAAUGGAGAACAGCUUCGGAGGCCAACUACGUGGUGGGCAAAUCCCUGGAUUUCACGCCCCGAAGGGCGCUGAGCGAGGCGCAGGGGUGAGCGCCCCGCAUUCCUCGGGUUCACCUGCCCGGGUGUGAGGAGAGAGAAAUCAUGGAGUCUUCCAAGACCUUCAUGAGACAGCUGCCAAUCACACCAGGCUACUGUGGCUUCGUGCCGUACCUUAGCUGCGAGGGAACCUCCAGCGAGAACAACAUGUCCCACUGUCUGAAAACCUUCCAGGAGAUCACACAGCGAUAUAAAGACCAGCUGGAGGAAUUUCACUGCUCGGUCGCCGCUGCCCCGAAACUGAAGCCCAUCUGCUCUGAGGAGACGGUCCUGCGGGCCCUGCACCAGUACGAACGGCAGUACCACCCCACGAGUCUGGAAUGCAAGUACGUAAAGAAACCUCUCCAGGAGCCUCCGAUCCCUGGCUGGGCGGGCUACCUGCCGAGAGCCAGGGUCACUGAAUUAGGCUGCGCCACACGGUACACUGUCAUGGCCAGAAACUGCUACAAGGACUUCCUGGACAUCACAGAGCAGGCCAAGAGAGUGCAUCUGAAGCCAUAUGAGGAAAUAUACAGAGUUAAGUCCACACAACCUCCUCCUGCUCCUCCAAAAAUUUUGCAGCACGAAGGGCUGCUGCCAAAAUAUCCGGAUUUCUCUGUUCCAAGUGGUAGCUGUCCCGCCCUUGGAAAACCCCUGAUAGAGGAUCCCAGCCCUCCAGUGACGUAUGGCAGUACUGACAGACCGAAUCUGUCACGCAGUAGGAAGAUUUAUCUAGAGCCGCUGUCCUCAGCAAAGUAUGCAGAAGGCUAGCAGCAGAGAGCCUCCGAGGGAGAGGAUCAUAUCGUGGAUCACUCUUGAAGUCACUGGCUAAUUCAUUUGGCACCAACCUUUUAAACAUGGCUUGAGCUGUAAAACGAAAACAAAAAACAACCACCCAAUGACAGAGGUAACAAAAUUGAAUAAAGGCAAUUUAAAGAAUU